AUGGCGGACAUAUUCCGCCUACUGACCCGCUCAACUACAUUUGCAAAGGGCGCUGGUUCUGCCGCCGCAACCGCAAAUGCAAGAACAAACAAACUCACUGCUACCACCACUACAGCCACAGCAUCCUCCUCCUCCGGCACACUCCCGACGGAACUCGACUUUUUCGGCGCUGGUGUCAAGCGUUCUCAUGACAACAUCGGCGGUGAGGAUAACAGUGAUAGCGACAGGGAUCAUGAUUAUGGGAACGAAGAAGAAGAGUUGGGCCUAUGUGAGCCGCCAGCUUUGGGGCAGGAGGAAAUAAGGGGUUUGCUGAGGAACCAUAGAUUAAAAUUUACGCUCUUGGAGCCUACGAAUGACGAUGGAGGGAAAGAAAAGAAGAAGAAGGGAAAGAAGGAAGAACUAAUGAUCCAACCCCUAAUUUCAUUCACCCAUCUGCACAAGCUAUCUCCGCGCCUACACCGAAACAUGCGGGCGCAGGGGUACAAUGUCCCGACGGAAGUGCAAAUGGGCGCGAUGCCCGUAAUAUCGCGUGGCGAGAACCUGAUUUGCUGCGCACCGACGGGGAGUGGGAAGACGGUGGCCUUCAUGGUGCCAGUUCUGGACUGGAUACUCGCGCAGGGGAAGGAUGAUGAAGGGUUGGGGGGAAGGGGAAGGGGAAGAAGAAGAAGAAGAAAGUCCGGGCUGUGGUGGUGGCGCCGACGAAGGAAUUGGCGGGGCAAAUAGUGAAUGAGGGGAAGAAGUUGGCUUUGGGCACUGGGGUGCGUGUAGCCUUGUUGAAGAAGGGUGGUGAGGGAGUUAAGAGUGAGAUUGUGGUGUCUACGCCGGCGGUUUUGUUACAUUCUCUUGAAGCGCCCACCUCACCCUCCCCCACCUCUGAGAAGAAAGGGAAGAAGACCGACUGGUCCUCAGUAUCCAGGCUGAUCCUGGACGAAGCCGACAUCCUCCUAGACCCCCUCUUCCGCGCGCAAACACUUGGAAUCUGGACACAAUUACAAUCUCCACACCUCCGCACAUCCCUCUUCAGCGCGACAAUCUCUUCCUCCACCGAGACACUCUGCCAGAAACACAUCUCCCCCUACGAUUCCACUUCAUCCCCUAUUAUCCGCCUAAUCGUCGGCCUAAAGGACACAACGAUUCAAAACAUCACCCAAAAGCUAACCUACACCGCAACCGAACCUGGCAAGCUCCUGGCGCUCCGCCAGCUCUUUACAACCUCCUUUCACCCGCCCGCCUUGAUAUUCGUGCAGACGAUCCCGCGCGCCAGAGCGCUCGUCGCAGAGAUCCUCUACGACCUACCUAACCCGGGCCGGAUCGCGGUACUGCACGCGGAGCUCUCGGACGUUGCACGCGCGGAGGUCAUGGGCCGUUUUCUAGCGGGGGAGAUUUGGGUGCUUGUCACAACGGACUUGCUUGCCCGCGGGGUGGACUUUCGGGGUGUUAGGUGUGUCGUUAAUUAUGAUAUCCCGACGUCUGUUGCGGGGUAUAUCCACCGUGUUGGGCGCAUGGGGAGGAGUGGUGGGGUGCAGGGGGGACUGGCAGUUACAUAUUUUACCGAGGGGGAUGUGCCACUUGUGAAGGGAAUUGCGGGUGUUAUUGCUAAAGCUCAAGGGGAAGGGGGGAAGGGGGAGGGGGAAGGGAAAUGGUUGGUGGAUGCGCUGCCGAAGGUUGGGAAGGGUGUUAAGGAACGGUUGAAGAAAAGGGGGGUUGAAACGAGGAGUAGAGCGGCUGAUGGGAGGGAAGGGAGGAUUAGUACCAAGAGUGGCUAUGAAAGGAGGAGGGAGAAUAAGAGGAGGGGGGCUGCCGAGGGGAGCAAGAGGCGGAAAGUGCAGGCCGGGGGCGGUGGGGAUAGUGAUGGAGAUGAGGAGGAGGAGUUUAUGGGGAUUGCGGAUUUUGAUUGA